AUGACACCAUUCACUCUAGAUAAUGCAGAGCAGCAGACCGAUAGAGUGUAUGCAGUUGUUCCUCACGAUCAUGACGCGAGCGGAGCUGUGGUGGAAGAGCUUGAGGACGAUCAGUCUAUUGGUGUUGUGGGCCAUCCACUCUUCUCCGCUCCACUUCUUGAUAUAUUGAGGAAAAUCCUUUUGCAUUCCUCACUCAAUCUACAACUUUUUUUUCCUCCAAAUUCUUUCUCAUUAUUGAGAUAUAAAGAUCUACUGGUUUUGUGUAUUGAAAAGUUUCUAUUAUUAAUUUUACGUUCUGUUCCAGGUACAGUAGCAGAUAAUGUGAGAUAUGGACCUCAACUUAGAGGAAAGAAGCUCACCGAUAAAGAGGUCCACAACCUUCUCAGCGUUGCGGAUUUGGGCCCGUCUCUUGCAUCUAGACCCGCAUCCGAACUCUCGGUUGGUCAAGCUCAGAGGGUAGCUCUUGCUCGGACGUUGGCAAAUGACCCCGAGGUUUUGCUAUUGGAUGAACCGACGAGCGCAUUGGAUCCUAUAUCGACGCAAAACAUAGAAGAGGCCAUCGUACGGUUGAAGAAUACUCGCGGUAUGACCACCGUCAUGGUGUCUCAUAGCGUCAAACAAAUCCAGCGGAUUGCUGACGUGGUUUGCCUCGUGGUGGCCGGUGAGGUCGUCGAGGUUCUAGAACCUUCCAAUCUCUCACAAUCUCAACAUCCUAUAGCCCGCCAUUUUCUCGAAGCCAGUUAGUUCUCUUUAUAAUAAGUUGCAAGGAUGGCUAUAGUAUUUUGGUUUGUCAUGAAACAUGUUUAAUUUCUCUUAAGCAAUGUUUGUUAGUUAAUUACUUGGCGUCUGAGGAAUUCUUUCCAGGUAAUCAUCGCAACCUGAUUUGUAAUCUGACACGUACGUGGUUUAAUGUUAAGUCUCAGUGAUGUUGUUUGCUAAAUAAUUAUCAAAUUAACUUUUUA